AUGAGCAAUAACGGUAAACACACAAUUAGUCGAGUUUUACAUCCUCAUAUUUAUAAUCCGUACAAAAAUCGUAAAACAAACUUAUUUAGAAUAAAAGGUUCAGUUCUACCAAAUGUUAUUGGUUCCUCGAUAUUCAUAACAGCAUUUACUACCAUCAUCGUUGUUCUCUUUGAACAAACUCCCGUAAAACUCAGUAUACCAGUCACUUUAAUCACUGUCAUUGGUCUGGUGGUUGGUCUAUUGCUUACCUACAGAACCAAUACCGCCUAUGAUAGGUAUUGGGAAGGACGUAGAUUAUGGUCUACUAUGGUGACGACAAUACGUAAUUUCACAAGAUUUAUUUGGGUACAUGUAGAAGACAAAAAUUCUACUCGGAUAAUCUUGGAGAAAAGGACCGCAAUUAACCUUCUGGUAGGGUUUGCUGUUGCGACAAAACAUUAUUUACGUGAAGAAGACGGUUGUACAUACGAUGAUAUCCGGCCAUUAAUCUCCAAUGUUCAUUCUAAACUACCCGGAUUCACUCCGAUCGCAAAGGCACACGAUGAUAAUAAUAAUAACAAACAGUCAACUUUAUGGGAUCAAUUAUUUCACCGAACAAAGAAACCACAUUUAACAAACGAUAAAGAAAUGGCAUUUGUAAAUCACAAUUUACCAUUGGAAAUCACUCUCUACCUAUCAUCGUAUGUUCAUGACAAUCUUUCUAAAGAUAGGAUUAGUGCUCCGGUGGCAACAAACAUGUUGAAUAGUAUUAACAUUAUGGUGGAUUGUUUAUCACAUUUUGAACGUAUUCUACGUAGCCCAAUACCUUUAGCAUAUUCAAUCCAUCUGUCUCAAACUGUUUGGAUUUAUUGUCUAUCGUUGCCUUUUCAAUUGGUGGGCCAGGCGCAUUGGGCCACCAUUCCUAUUGUUUUCUUUGGUUCUGUAAUUUUACUGGGUAUUGAAAGAAUAGGCGCCGAAAUUGAGAAUCCUUUUGGUUAUGAUGAGAAUGAUUUGCCAUUAGAUGAUUUUUGUGGAAUAAUUAAACAGGAACUUGACACAGUUACCAGCCAUCCGGUUCCAACCAUGGAUGAUUGGGUAUUCAACAAGGAAAAUCAUCCAUUUGAAAACCAUGACAUUAAUGCUUUGGAAGCAAAGAAAUUCUCAUUGGAUGAAGUUAGAUCUUUAUUGUUAGUAAACAAUGAAGAUCAACAACAAAUUAAUAAUACUUCAAAUCAAGAUUCUGUUGUGACACAAGCGAUUGAAAGAUUCGCCUCUGUAGAAUUUGAAGAUAGGAGGAAUACAAUAAGAGAUGAACAAUCCAGAAUUCAAGACAGAUAA